AUGUCCCUUCUGGUUAAUGAUCGGGAUGUUGUUGUUGAUAAGAUUGAGUGCUCUUUCAGGAGUCGCCUGGUCCUCACCCUACGUGAACAGUUACAUGGUGUCUUCAUUUUCUAUAUGAUAGUUGCAAUUGCUCGGGUUAUGGUGUUAUAUUGUGGGAGGUUAUUCGAGUGGAUAAUCGUGAUGGUUCUGAUUGUGUGGGUCACUUCAUCUGUCUCUGUAUGGGUUUUGAUGUCACUUUGCCUCUCCUUCGUCGAACACUGGUCACCUUUCCGGAAGUUUGGGAAAAUAUGUUGGAGUUCAAAUAUGAGUAUCUCCUUGAGUACUCAUGCACUACCAAUUUAUGGGAUAAACCUAUUGGCUCUUUGGCUCGCUGGUCCUCGGCUAUUUCCUUUUCUUCUUAGGGACAUGGUACUUCUUCCUAGGCUGGCUCAACUGACCAGGGUAGUCAUACUAAUCGGCCAUGGCGUUCUCAUUCCCGUGAUAGCGAUGAGUUCGUGGGAUUCUGUCUCACCUCUUACUUUAUCAUGCUGUCAUAAGGCUGGUCUCAAUGAGGAUGACACUCGUUUCUUGGCACUACCUCCACCGAUUCUCUGUGGGGUCGAUGAUGGGAUCCCUUCCCGUGGAUAUUCCCCUAGGUCGAUUCUCUCCAUGGAUAUCCCCCCUAGACUGGUCCCUUCUCCUGAUCUUGAUGUUCCGCCUGACUUGGUUGUCUCACCUGAUUUGGGGGCUACCUCUCGGGAUUGUAAAAGUCAGGGUCGACCCAAAAAAGGUGAGGAGGGUCCUUGGAGUGUCGCUGGUAAAACUAGAGUCAAACAUAAGCAACCUAAGGAGGAGGUUAUAGGUGGUGCUCUCUUGCUGCAUGUUGUGGGUUGUGCUAGUCCUAAAUGUUUCUGCAGUACUAGUGUUGUUCAAUCUAAUAAGGCUCAAGAGAAUGCUAUGGUGGGGUCUCUUGGGAAAGCCCUUAGUCUGCCGCUGGAGUGUUCGUGA